GGUCGUUCACUAUUUCGUAAUUCAGUGUUUUCACACCAUGAUUAGUAAAAUAAAUUAAAAUAAAGAGAGUAUUUUGCGCGAUAACCUUCAGAAAAAAGCAUGUCUGCAAAAUUGUAUCAAUACUAAAAAUGUCCACCGUGGCGUUGAAGAGUAUUCCAUUGAAGUUGAAGUUGAAGUAUCGUUUUGGCGUGUUUACUGGUUUGAAGAAGGAUUCCAACACGCCAAAACAAGAGCUACGCAAAGGGCGCUCAAAAAAUGAUGCAAAAGGUGUUUGUCAUCAUUUUCGCCAUCAUUCUAGACGUCACUUCCGGAAGUAAUAUCUUACAGAAGAAGUUCCUGCUAGAUGGCCAGGACAACAGUUGCGAUUUCAACGCCGACACGCUGUGCUCCUGGCGCAACGUGCGCGAUCUGAAAGCUGGAGAAAUAAGCGACGAUUUUGAUUGGACGUUAUAUGGUGGCUCCACCCCCACUGACGACACGGGCCCCAGCUUUGAUCACACAACCGGAACGGAAAAAGGUAAGUAUGCAUUCAUCGAAUCAAGCGCCCCGAGAGUCCUGGGGGAAAGGGCAUGGAUGGAGAGCCCGGAGAUACAUUCGCUCGGGCAGUCGGUUGUCUGCUUCCGGUUCUGGUACCAUAAGUUUGGGGACAAAAUGGGCAACCUAAGUGUCUACCACCAUAGCCAUGGUCCCCGACCGGGAAUCCUUGUCUGGAGUGACGUCACUGAUCACGGGGACCGGUGGUUAUCGGCGCAGGUUCCGUUGCCGGCCAAUGUGAACUUCCGGAUCAUCUUGGAAGGUGUCAUAGGUGACGGAUACCUCGGGGAUAUAGCCGUCGACGACGUAAGCGUCGGUAAUGGAUACUGUUUGGUUACACCGCCGGAAGCGUCUCGGAGCAACGUCACUCCUCCACCCGUGACAUCAGCGCCGUCCCCAAUUGACGGCACGUGGGGAAUAUGGACCACGUGGUCAGUGUGUUCGGUGUCGUGCGGUGCAGGAAACCAGUCUAGGUCAAGGUCGUGUGACUUUCGAGCGGGGGUUAGACACGGGGCCGAUUGCCUGGGGGACAGCACGGAAAAUAGGACUUGCAACACGGUUCCUUGUCCAGUGGACGGUGUCUGGACCACCUGGUCAUCCUGGACGACAUGUCCAGUCACGUGCGGAGGCGGGACAGGGACACGUAACAGAACGUGUCAGUUCCCACCAGGGGUACCACAUGGGCACCCCUGCAUGGGGAAAGUCUCAGAGACUCGCGAUUGCAGCACUAACCUCUGUCCGGUGGACGGUGUCUGGACCACCUGGUCAUCCUGGACGACAUGUAGAGUCACGUGUGGCGGCGGGACAGGGACGCGCAACAGAACGUGUCAGUUCCCACCUGGGGUACCACAUGGGCACCCCUGCAUGGGGAAAGUCUCAGAGACUCGCGAUUGCAGCACUAACCUCUGUCCGGUGGACGGUGUCUGGACCACCUGGUCAUCCUGGACGACAUGUACAGUCACGUGUGGAGGCGGGACAGGGACGCGUAACAGAACGUGUCAGUUCCAACCAGGGGCACCACAUGGGCACGCCUGCACAGGACUAGCCUCAGAGAAUCGCACGUGCAACGCUUACCUCUGUCCGGUGGACGGUGUCUGGACCACCUGGUCAUCCUGGACGACAUGUACAGUCACGUGUGGAGGCGGGACAGGGACGCGUAACAGAACGUGUCAGUUCCCACUAGGGGUACCACAUGGGCACGACUGCACAGGACUAGCCUCAGAGAAUCGCACGUGCAACGCUUACCUCUGUCCGGUGGACGGUGUCUGGACCACCUGGUCAUCCUGGACGACAUGUACAGUCACGUGUGGAGGCGGGACAGGGACGCGUAACAGAACGUGUCAGUUCCAACCAGGGGCACCACAUGGGCACGCCUGCACAGGACUAGCCUCAGAGAAUCGCACGUGCAACGCUUACCUCUGUCCGGUGGACGGUGUCUGGACCACCUGGUCAUCCUGGACGACAUGUACAGUCACGUGUGGAGGCGGGACAGGGACGCGUAACAGAACGUGUCAGUUCCCACUAGGGGUACCACAUGGGCACGACUGCACAGGACUAGCCUCAGAGAAUCGCACGUGCAACGCUUACCUCUGUCCGGUGGACGGUGUCUGGGACACCUGGUCGUCCUGGACGACAUGUACAGUCUCGUGUGGAGGCGGGACAGUCACACGUAACAGAACGUGUAAUUUCGUACCAGGGGCACCACAUGGGCACGACUGCACGGGACUAGCCUCAGAGAAUCGCACGUGCAACGCUAACCUCUGUCCGGUGGACGGUGUCUGGACCACUUGGUCAUCUUGGACAACAUGUACAGUCUCGUGUGGAGGCGGGACAGGAACACGUAAGAGAACGUGUGUUUUCGUACCAGGGGCACCACAUGGGCACGACUGCACGGGACUAGCCUCAGAGAAUCGCACGUGCAACGCUAACCUCUGUCCGGUGGACGGGGUCUGGGACACCUGGUCGUCCUGGACGACAUGUACCGUCUCGUGUGGAGGCGGGACAGUCACACGUAACAGAACGUGUAAUUUCGCACCAGGGGCACCACAUGGGCACGACUGCACGGGACUAGCCUCAGAGAAUCGCACGUGCAACGCUAACCUCUGUCCGGUGGACGGUGUCUGGGACACCUGGUCGUCCUGGACGACAUGUACAGUCUCGUGUGGAGGCGGGACAGUCACACGUAACAGAACGUGUAAUUUCGUACCAGGGGCACCACAUGGGCACGACUGCACGGGACUAGCCUCAGAGAAUCGCACGUGCAACGCUAACCUCUGUCCGGUGGACGGGGUCUGGGACACCUGGUCGUCCUGGACGACAUGUUCAGUCUCGUGUGGAGGCGGGACAGGAACACGUAACAGAACGUGUAAUUUCGUACCAGGGGCACCACAUGGGCACGACUGCACGGGACUAGCCUCAGAGAAUCGCACGUGCAACGCUAACCUCUGUCCGGUGGACGGGGUCUGGGACACCUGGUCGUCCUGGACGACAUGUACAGUCUCGUGUGGAGACGGGACAGUCACACGUAACAGAACGUGUAAUUUCGUACCAGGGGCACCACAUGGGCACGACUGCACGGGACUAGCCUCAGAGAAUCGCACGUGCAACGCUAACCUCUGUCCGGUGGACGGACUUUGGAGUGCCUGGUUAAGCUGGAACACGUGCUCAGUCUCGUGCGGCGGAGGGAGCCAUGCCAGGCAGAGGGCGUGUACCUUUGAUCCCGUAGCUCCUCAUGGAAUGCCUUGUGUCGGAGACGGCUCACAAAAUGACACCUGCAAUACUGGCAUGUGCCCCGUGGAUGGCGUCUGGUCCGAUUGGUCCGCCUGGACCACGUGCUCGGUCACCUGUGGUAAAGGUUAUAAGUCACGUGACCGGAAUUGCCAAUAUCUCACCCAGAAUGCACCGCACGGAAGAAACUGUAACGGAAAUGGAACAGAAGCAGAAUUCUGCAAACUGGCUAUCUGUCCGGACAGCAAAGACUGUUACUUCUGCGAUGACAACUCCAGCCAGGGUUUUGUUACUAACGCCACGAGUUGCAUCACGGACACGGUCUGCAAAACGGAUGAGGUUUGCUUUGCCGAGAACUACUACCGCCCCGGAACUGUCAUGGGGUAUAGAUUUAACUGCAAAGCCUUUCCGAUCUGCCGGUUCUUAAUGCAGAAUGUAUUCCAAUACCUCGCGGGAUGUUUCGGUCAUUACGGCGACCCAAGUUUCCCGGAUUGCGUGCACGAGAGUCAGGGCACGUGCUCCGUGUGCUGCGGCGAUGGCGGUUGUAACAACGACACGUGCAGGAAUAUAAGAGAUCGUCUCUUUCUGGACUACAGAGCAGGCCGCUUAAAUAUGACAACACUUCGAGUUGUACAACCGUAGGUCAAAAGAAGGAAGUCAAGAUUGAGAUUAUUCGAUCUUGUUUCUUCGUGUUGACCAAACUUUGCCGAGUUUUGAAGAGUUUGCAUAAAUAUAAGCUGAUUUAACA